CUGCCUUGUAAAGAAAAGCUUUAAAUUGGAAAUCUUGUGGUAACUCUUGGCUGUAAGUCAGCGACAUGCUUGAGCUUGUGUGUCCAUUUUGGGAAAACCUAAAUCAAGAAUCAAGCCCUUGGCUGAAUUGGGGCCUAUGCUUUGGGUUAGAAAGAGUUCAUCUGCUUGUAAAUUUCAGUGAUUUCUGUGAAUUAAACAACAAUGAUGUCUCCAAGUUUUAAACUUUGGACUAAGAGAAUAUGUGCUUUCAAAGCAGGUAGUGUAUUUUUGCAAUGCAUGUCACACAGUAUCAGAUCAUAUGUACAAACAGGAAUCUCUCCUCCCCCUUGUAACUCUGUAGACAUUGCACUGUUUGAGAGAUUCUAAUUAAAACUACCUCUGUGGAUAGUGAAAUUGCAUUUCCUUUUUGAGUGGGGGAAAGACCCUUGUCAGUUUUUGACUUGGGGGGAGAAAAAGAUCAGUAAUCUUCUCCUUCAUUUGCUUUCGGUUCCUUUAUAAAUGUUGCUCAAGUACUGCUACCUAUCUACUGCUUUCUACUCUUUUCAGCAUGUCCACCAGCUAAUUAGGUGAAUGAGAACUCUGAUGAUCAGAUACCUUCAACUGGUUUGUCACUGGAGCGCUCAACCAACUCAAUUGCCUCACGUGCUCGACUGUGUGAAAGGGAGGAGGAGGUCAUGGCUUGUUUUGAGAGAGCCUGUGUUAUUGCCCAGGUAUACUUGCAGGAGCUUGAGAAGACCUUAAACAACACACAUUCAAGGAGUAUCAAGGGCAGCAAUGUGACUUACUCUGAGUUUGAACUUUCCUACUUUCUGGAAGCAGCUCUACAGAGUGCCUACGUGACUCAGUUAAAAAAAGGAAAUAUUGUGAAAGGAAUGAGGAGUCUGCGAGAAAUACUACGGACUGUAGAAACAAAAGCUACUCAGACCUUCAAAAUGACUGCAGCCAAGCAGUUAGCUCAAGUACUUCUGCAUUCCCUCAGUGAAGACUGUUACUGGAGCCCUUUAUCUGAUCCACUUCCUGAGUUCAUGAACAAGGAAUAUCAGUCUUAUGUUAGCAAUCUUCUUUGUCGGAGGCCUGAGCUGUACUCAGAAGAGAAUGUGUACUGCCCUCAAGACAAUGUAGAAGAGGCUCUUCUCCUCCUCCUAAUCAGUGAAUCCAUGGCGAACCGGGAUGCAGUGAUCAGCCGCGCCCCAGAGCAGCAGGAUGACCGAGCCGUCAGCCUCCGGGACGCCUCUGCAGUCUACGACCUCCUCAGCAUCACACUGGGCAGAAGAGGGCAGUAUGUGAUGCUGUCUGAGUGCUUGGAGAGAGCCAUGAAGUUUGCAUUUGAUGAAUUUCACCUCUGGUACCAGCUUGCCCUGUCCAUGGUAGCUUGUGGAAAGUCGGCAUAUGCCGUGUCAGUGCUCAAAGAGUGUGCUAAACUGCGACCUACAGAUCCCACCGUUCCUCUGCUGGCUGCCAAGGUCUGCAUUGGGUCACUGCACUGGCUGGAAGAAGGAGAACACUUUGCUAAAAUGGUGAUAGACCUGGGUGAGGAAGCUGGAGAGUCCCUAGCAAAGGGUUACCUGGCACUGGGCCUGACAUACAGCCUUCAAGCUACUGAUGCUACUCUAAAGAGCACUCAGGAUGAAUUAAACAAGAAAGCACUUCAGUCUUUGGAGAGAGCACGUGACCUGGCCCCCGAAGAUCACCAGAUCAUCCUCUACCUCUCACUGCAGCUGGCUCUUGUCAGACAGAUUUCAGAUGCUAUAGACCAUCUUCAAGAAGCCCUGCAACUGUGCAAAGAUGACAUGAAUUCACUUCAUCUACUGGCCCUCCUCUUUUCAGCUCAGAAGCACUAUCAGCAUGCACUGGAUGUUAUCAACAUGGCUGUUGUUGAAUACCCAGAAAGCUUUAGCUUACUCUUCACCAAAGUAAAACUGGAAUGGAUACAUAAAGGACCUGAAGAGGCUCUGGUGACAUGCAGACAUAUGUUGCAGAUGUGGCAGAUGGUGUACAGUGUUUUACAGCACAGUGGCUCUGAGAAAGGAAGUAGUGUGACUGAAACACCAGUAAUCAAAAAGCACAAUGGACUGCAUCUCGCUCUCCCAGAUGCUCAUGACACUGAUUCUGGUUCACAACGAGCCUCUUCCCUUGCUGCAUCAAGACUGGAACAGGCCAUGUCUGAAAUAACUAUGCAGAGCAGCACAAUGAAGCAGGGACCUGUGAAGCUCUGGACAACUCUUGAACAAAUUUGGCUACAAGCUGCUGAACUCUUCCUGGAACAGCAGCAUCUCAAAGAAGCAGGCUUUUGUACCCAGGAGGCAGCUAGUCUUUUCCCCACAUCUCAUGCUGUACUGUACAUGCGUGGGAGGCUUGCAGAGAUGAAAGGCAAUUUGGAGGAGGCUAAGCAAUUGUAUGAUGAAGCUCUCACCGUGAAUCCAGCUGGAGUGGAAAUUAUGCACAGCCUGGGCCUGGUGCUGAGCAGACUUGGGCGGAGGGAGCUGGCCCAGAAGGUCCUCAGAGAUGCCAUCCAGAUCCAGACCACCAGCCACACUGCCUGGAACAGCCUUGGAGAGGUCUUGCAGGCUCAGGGGAAAAAUGAAGCAGCCAUCGAAUGUUUCCUUACUGCCCUGGACCUUGAAUCCAGCAGUCCUGUCAUUCCAUUCACCGUCAUACCCAGGGAGCUCUGAAGCUGCUCCCUGCAGCUCUAAGCACUUCCAUUGCCUGGACAGACACCAAAACCAAGCAGAUAAACAAAGAAGAAGCCCAACAAAAAAGUGCCAUUGUAACCUGGAACUGGGCUAAGUAAUUCCAGGACAGGCCUCAGGUCUACAGGCUUAGCUUAGACAAGCCAAACUGAAGAAAAAUUUGCAACGGGCAGGAAUGGAGAAUGCCUUUUUCUUCACAGGUGCCUGGCUAACCUCCUGUUCAAGUUAAUAGCAAGGCUUAUUUCAAAGUGCUGGUUCAGGGUGACUGUAGAAAGAUUGUGCUAGGGUACAGCUGUUCGAAGCACUUGCACCUUUCAGUGUUGGUUGAAAAUAGAACCCCCAAGUCCUGAAUUAAAGCCCAGAAAUGCUCUAAAUAGGAGUAAAUCCACCAACUAACUUGAGCAAGUUGUGUUUUACUAUGUGGCUGUCUCCCCACAGAUCUGACAGGACAAGAAUGACACUUGCACCAAAUAGACAUACAAUAUAUGCUGUUUACAAAAUUAUUUCAUCUAUUUUGAUAAUCCUUUUUCCUGCCUUGCUUUUAUAUACUGUAUAUGCUCACUAUAUUUAGUGUAGCACUUGCCUAGAUCAAUUUAAAAUUAAAUUUUAGUUUUAAAUUAAAAAUACUUUUUAAAAUAUAAAGCUACUAUUGCAGUAUAACUCAAAAAAGCAGUAAGACCAAAGACCAAAUCAGUUCACACUUGAACUAGUAUUAAAAACACAUAAAUAUCUCCACUUACAUAUUUAUUGAAAGGCCUUACAUGAAGUAACUAAUUAUAAGCUCUGAGCUUCAUUCAUAUUAAUCACCUAUUGCAUCAGUUUAGCAAGGAAUAUAGUGUUUAGCAAGGAAUAUAGUGACUGAACUCUGUGCUCUGCCACAUUACCAAUCCUGGCACGAAACAUUUUCGUAUCCAUCUUUUGCAAAAGAAGGCAGCAGUCUUUUAAGGGGAAGUGUGCUGAAGGCAGUAUGGGUGUAUAUGAGCUGCUUCUUCCUUAAAACUAAAUCCUUGGAUUGUCCAUAGAAAUUUCACAGUAGAGGUACGGAGCUGAGCCUUCAGUGGCGUCAUUCUGCAUCUCCUAUCAGGUGUAAUAGUGAGGGGCUUCUGAUGCACACAGCCUCCCCAUGGCUGGCACAGCCAGGGAGGGGACACAGCUGGCACAGCCCCUGCUGAGCUGCUCCUUAGCUUUGUGUGACCUCCCCAGGGCCUUGGCAGGGAGGUGGAGCUGGACUGUGCUGUCACACAGGAGCCAGCCCUGACCAGACCAGUCCCAAGAUAAAGAUGAUGCAGCAAUUUGCUGCACUUUUCUACAAAAAAUAAAAGAAGGUUGGGGCUUUGCGCCCAUUUUUGUCCAAAGAUUUGUGACUAUUUACUAAGUAAGUUUGCACUAAAGCACACUUUGUACUAUAAUUCUGCCCAGUAUUGUGAUCCACAACUAGUUCACUCUGGAAAUAAUAAUAUCCUCAGGCAAUAAAUAAGAUGGGGUUGUUUCUUACAGAGCCUGAGGCUCUGGCAGCAGACUUGAAGUCAGUGUUGUUUACAGUUGUUUGGAAAUCUGCAGGCUAAUGGAGAGCUGGGCCCUUGUGCUGCUCCCAGCCCACACCAUUGGAGAACCCCACCCCCAGCCUUCCCUCAGGGUGCCUGCACCAAGGGAAGCACACUGCUCUCAGGUUCCUUGCAGCAGCCUGGUGCACUCCAGGCCAAUAUUUUUAUUUUUUCCCCUUAAAUGAUGCAGAUGUAAUAGCCCAGCUUAUUUAUCUGUUCACUGAGGGAUUCCAGAUCUGAUGUAGGCUCAUUUCACUGCAGUUGAAAGCAGCCCAGCCGUGAAAGGUGCUCAGCCCAUGAGUCCUCUGGCUUUGCAGUGCCACACAGGCACCCAAAAGGACUUUUUUAGGCCAGGGGCAGGUUUCCAAGGAGACAGUGUUCCCCAGCCACAUUCCUUUUUGCAAUAGCACCAGCAACAGAGAAAGGAGUAGGUGUUAAAGUAGCAGAAUUAAAGGAGUUUCAUGAAGACAAAAAGAGGCAGCAAGACACGUUUUGCUUGAAG